UGCUAGCUGAUGUGCACCGAGCUUGAGGCGCAGCAGAAUUAAGAUGCUAGCUACGAGCUGCUUCCAUCGGUUUCACCAGGAUAACUAGGAUGCCAGAUCUGAUCUGAUUCGCCAAGAAUUCAGAGCUAUCAAAGCUUCGACUGCAAGCUCUAGCGCUGCGCUAGCUUCGACUUCAAGAAUACUCAUCACACAAAGGGCAAGGUAUCAGAUUGGAUGCUGGCUGGCUAGCUAGCUCCGUCCUCAUGUUCUUGAGCGCAAGGACCGAGUGCCUGGAGUUGGAGGACAUCCAAGAGCUGAUCCCUAACCUCAAGGUCAUAGCAUCUACCUCUGCUGACGACAUGGAGAGCGGCAGAGGCGGAGCGGUGGACGGCCGAAUAAGCUCGUCGUCGCCGUCAUCGCCACCGCCGCCAUCCGGUCAGAGAGCGCAGUACCACCGCGGGAAGGAGGAGCCUAGUUGCAAUGGAAGCUUCUUCACCAAGUACUUCUCCGUCCUGCUGCUCAUGCUGGUCACCGCGUCGCUCGUCAUCCUCCCGCUCGUCCUGCCACCACUGCCUCCGCCGCCGUCCAUGCUGAUGCUGGUGCCGGUGGCAAUGCUGGUGAUGCUGCUGGUGCUGGCAUUCAUGCCGACGUCAGGCGGCCGCGGUGCGACGGGCCCGACGCCCUACUUGUAGAUAAUUAACUAGUACGUCCUUUUCUUGUUUGUUCUUUUGGAUUUUGUGAUAGGCUGGUCAUGGCAUCAAUGUUAUGUCCAUCAUUUGAAGGUCCCCUACUGCAAUUAUCAGUAUAUUAGCAUGGAUAUAAGUCCAGCUAAAUUUUGUGUCCUGCGGCGAUCAGAACAAAGACGCAUACA